UUCGCCGAUGAGCUGAAGGCCAGGGAGUCUGCGGUCGACAUACUUAUCAAUAACGCCGGUAUAUAUCAGUGCCCGGAAUGGGAGACCACCGACGGGUUUGAGAUGCAAUUUGGGACCAAUCAUUUGGGUCCAUUUUUGCUAACACUGACGCUAUUGCCACUGCUGCAGAGUGCACCGGUAGCACGCAUUGUGAACGUGGCAUCAGGUUAUCACGAAAUCGGCAAAAUUCAUUUCGAUAACAUUAACCUCAAGAACGGGGCCUACGAUCCAGAGAAAGCCUACUGUCAGAGCAAAUUGGCCAUGGUACUUUGCACCAGGGAAAUGGCCCGUAGGCUGGGCACAGAGAGUAACGUGAAGUGCUAUGCCCUCAAUCCCGGU